GCACCCAUCUUAUGGAAAAUCAUCUUGAACAAACAAUUUCUGACAUUCCAACGUGUAUCUAGUCUUGUUAUUCGCGAGAUACUCCGCCUCGAUUCAACCGCCUCCUAAUGCUUCGCGAGUGUCCUUUCAGAUAUGGCAGUGAAGUUUUGCACCGUUAACCUAGAAAGAUCUUGUUCCGUUUUCUUUUCCCUCAUCGAAACCUUUAAAGAGCUCAGGCAACAAACAGAACAAACGGAACAAACAGAAUUUUCAUAACGUAUGCCAAGCAACAAGCAGUAGAAGCGCGCAAAAGGAUAAGCACAAAACAUCAGGUCGAAAGCAAUACAACAAAGGUGAACAAACAAUUUUUCAUCAAUUGAGCGCAAGGUGCACCAGAACUCACGCACGGAGUAAGCGCGCAAAAAGCGCUACAACAAAGGCAUCACCUGUGACAGCGCAAGAGAUUCAGAGGCUGGCAAUUGAUCUGAGGCGAAGAGGACAACAGACAAGUACGGACAAGAGAAGGACAAGUACGGACAAGUACGGACAAGUACGGACAAGAGAAGGACAAGUACAGACAAGUACGGACAGGAGAAGGACAGACUAUGUGACAACCUGGUACAACAACACAGAAAAGGGAGGGAGGAAAGGAGAGCCCAGGCACCACAAACAAGCAACGACGCGUGAGAGAAAAGCAUUCGAUGAAGGAGACUCGCGACAAGAAGGCCAAAACAAUACCCUGCAAAGGCGACACGGGAGUAGGGAGGAGCAGAAAGGGAAAGGCGGCAAGGGAAAGGAAGAGAGACGGGGUGGAGAGGGGGUAGGAAGAGGAGAGCAGCAGGGAAAGAGAAACAACGAAGAGAAACCAGCACAGGAGCCGGGAGGGGUCAGUGCGAGGGCAGAAAUGACAGACCGGUAAGCGCCAAAGGGGCGUAAGAAGAAAAUGACAGAGGUAGGGACAACGACGGGAAGCCGGGAGGAAGAGUAGGGCGAGGGGAGGAAGGGACUGCAGAAGAGAGCGGAAGGCACCGUAGAGAGAGAGGAGGGAAAGGUCGGAGGGAGGGGGGGCAGGGCGGUGAGGAAGGACGAAAAAGCAAACGGUCAAGACACAGAGUCCAACGGUGAAGAAAAGGCAAACAGAACAUAGGAUGGAAAGAGAAGGAUAUCGGAGAGAAGAUCGCCAGAAAGGGAAGGGCAGCGCGAAGCAGGGAGGAAGGAGCGAGAGAAUGGAAAGCGGGAGGGAGAACCGCCAGGAAGGGGAAAACGUGGUUAAAGAGUGGUAGAAACAAAAGGAUGGAUGUGGCAUAAAGGAGCAGGAACGCCUAAAGACGCUGAAUUUGAAAUCACCGAUAGAGAUGUGGACCCAUCAGGCAGAAAUGUAUAGAUAGUAAGGGAAACACGACGACGGCCAGGCAGAAAAGAGAGCAGAAAUGUCACGAGGGGAAUGAGAACGGAAGGGAAAGCGAACGAGGCGAGUACGGGAGACAGAACAGGAGCGCGUACGUACGACGCAAGCAACGGGCGACGAGGGGAUUAACAGAGGGAGGAACGAGGGGCUUGAGAGGAAGGGACGAGGGGAUUGAGAGGAAGGGACGAGGGGAUUAAGAAAGGAAGGGAUGGGAAGUAGAGAGCGGGCGCAGCUGACCACACGGGAGGAGCAGGCAUCGGAAGAAUCGGCGGAAGUGGCGCGGGCGAAAAGGAUGGGAGCGGAAUGGGCACAGGCAAGGGAAACUGGCCGACGAGAGUGGAACGGGCGGACAAAGGAGGCCGGGCUGAAAAUGGAGGGACGGUGGACAACGGAGGGAUGGGGAAGCUAGGAAACGAGGGAGCAGGGGGCGGCGGUCGAGGGAGUAACGAGCAGAGGAGGGAGGUACGGGCAGGAGGGACGGCUAGGUGAGAAGGGCGGGCGGGGAGGACGGGCAGGGAGAUCGACGUCGGAAGGAGAGAGGGAGGAGAGGAGGGAGGAGAGAAGGGAGGAGGGAGGGGAGAGGGGGAGAAGGGCAGGAGGGAGGAGGGAGGACGGGGUCGGGAUGAGAGAAGGCGGAAAGCGAAGGGAUAGCUACGUGAAGAAGUCGAGCAGGCAGAAGAGU